GCCACGUAAGAAGUGCCUUUUGCCUCCCACCACGUUUAUGAGGCCACCCCAGCCAUGUGGAACUGUUUCCGCUUUUGCUUCUUCCUUAUUCUCUGUUGCUGCCACCAUGUAAGAAGUAUCUUUCACCUCCCGUCAUGAUUCUGAGGCCUCUCCAGCCAUGUGUAACUCCUCUGACACUCCUGAGACAGCAACAACAGCCACUCCCUACUGAACAUGAAGACCGUGAAGAUGAAGAACUUUAUGAUGAUCCACUUCCAUUUAAUGAAUGCUUCACAGUGAAACAAGUUUAUGCAAUUGAUCAAAUAUUUUCAUCCCUGAAGUUAACGAUUACCAUCAAAAUGUUUUGUGGAGACUAUGUGCAAGGAACCAUCUUCCCAGCUCCCAAUUUCAAUCCCAUAAUGGAUGCCCAAAUGCUAGGAGGAGCACUCCAAGGAUUUCACUGUGACAAAGACAUGCUGAUCAACAUCCUGACUCAGCGCUGCAAUGCACAAAGGCUGAUGAUUGCAGAGGCAUACCAGAGCAUGUAUGGCCGGGACCUGACUGGGGACCUGAGGGAGCAGCUUUCAGAUCACUUCAAAGAUGUGAUGGUUGGCCUCAUGUACCCGCCACCACUGUAUGAUGCUCACGAGCUCUGGCAUGCCAUGAAGGGAGUAGGCACUGAUGAGAAUUGCCUCAUUGAAAUACUAGCUUCAAGAACAAAUGGAGAAAUUUUCCAGAUGCGAGAAGCCUACAGCUUGCAAUACAGCAAUAACCUCCAAGAGGACAUUUAUUCAGAGACCUCGGGACACUUCAGAGAUACUCUCAUAAACUUGGUCCAGGGGACCAGAGAGGAAGGAUAUACAGACCCUGCAAUGGCUGCUCAGGAUGCAAUGGUCCUAUGGGAAGCCUGUCAGCAGAAGACGGGGGAGCACAAAACCAUGCUGCAAAUGAUCCUGUGCAACAAGAGCUACCAGCAGCUGUGGCUGGUUUUCCAGGAAUUUCAAAAUAUUUCUGGGCAAGACAUGGUAGAUGCCAUUAAUGAAUGUUAUGAUGGAUACUUUCAGGAGCUGCUGGUUGCAAUUGUUCUCUGUGUUCGAGACAAACCAGCCUAUUUUGCUUAUAGAUUAUACAGCGCAAUUCAUGACUUUGGUUUCCAUAAUAAAACUGUAAUCAGGAUUCUCAUUGCCAGAAGUGAAAUAGACCUGCUGAACAUAAGGAAACGAUACAAAGAGCGAUAUGGAAAAUCCCUAUUUCAUGAUAUCAGAAAUUUUGCUUCAGGGCAUUAUAAGAAAGCACUGCUUGCCAUCUGUGCUGGUGAUGCUGAGGACUACUAAAAUGAAGAGGACUUGGAGUACUGUGCACUCCUCUUUCUAGACACUUCCAAAUAGAAAUUUUCUCAUAAAUUUGUACUGUUCAUGGCACUAUAACAAAACUAUACAAUCAUAUUUUCUCUUCUAUCUAUCUUUGAAAUUAUUCUAAGCCAAAGAAAACUAUGAAUGAAAGUGUAUGAUACUGAAUUUGCCUACUAUCUAAUCAGCAAUUAAAUAAAUUGUGCAUGAUGGAAUAAUAGAAAAA